AUGUCUUCCGACCUCCCGCGAACCAGCGAUCUCACCACUAACGGCGACUCGAAUGGUACCUCACACGAUGUACCAUCCGUCGCGCCAGCGACUACGUCGGCCACGUCGACAGCCCCCAUGUCCAAGCAUGUGGAGAUGGUCAUAUACUCGGAUAUUGGAAUAAACACCCUCCUGAACCGUCUUAAGCAAAGCAUUGCAUCUUCGCGCGUAUGCUCAAUGCCACCACUUCCCCAAAUUAGCGCCCUACUGAACAAAUACUUCAGNGACUUUUCAGACUUCCUCAAGAAACGUGGAGCUGUAGAGGAGGACCAUGCCAAAGGAUUGCGACGCCUGGUCAAGCAGACGACCGACAAUGUCCACUCCAGGGAGUCUCGCCAGGGCUCAUAUGUCACCCACAUUGAAGAGGCUAUGCGCCUUCACGACCGGAUCGCCGACAAUGGGAUGCAGUUCUCNCUAGCUCUGCACCAGAUGCACGAGGACCUGAAUGAACUAUCACUCAACAUGGAAAAAGGGAGAAAACACUGGAAGCACGAAGGUCUGAACGCCGAGAAGCGUGCUACCGAUGCCGAGGCUGCCAUGGAAAAGGCAAAGUCAAAGUACGACGGCCUAGCAGAAGACUACGAUCGUGCUCGUACUGGCGACGCAAAGAGCUCGAGACGUAUCGGGCUCAAAGGCAUGAAAAGUGCUCCACAGCAUGAGGAAGACCUUCUUCGUAAGCUUCAGGUCGCAGACUCGGAUUAUCAGGCCAAGGUUCAGGCAGCAAAGUCGCAGAGAGAGGAGCUUAUCAAGACAUCGCGACCCCAGGCUGUCAAGGCGCUGCAGGAGUUGAUCAACGAGUGCGACUCAGGACUUGCUCUGCAGCUCCAGAAGUUUGCCUCGUUCAACGAGAAGCUUCUCCUAGGCAAUGGCAUUGCUGUUAGCCCGCUUCCUCCCACCGACCCUUUGGCACCCGUCCAACACAGUCUGCGCGACAUUGUUCUCCAAAUCGACAACAAGGCCGAUUUCGACAAUUACCUGUCUGGUCACGUCUCCAAGGUUCCCCACAGGAUCUCCGACAUCAAGUACGAACAACACUACACUCUCAGAUCAAAGCAGCAGACUCCCACUCCAGCCAGUCGUCAACCUUCGUCGACGCUGCCAGGCCCAGCGCUACCUGANAACACCGCUUACAAACGUCCCGACACAGCAGUCUACCUAUCCCACAUCACCAGGCCCAGUCCUUCCCCCACAACAGAUUAUAUGGCUCAGCCUUCCUACGGCAACCCAGCAAGUCCACCUUACCCCACUGAUCCGCCUCAGCAAUACAACACUGCGCCGUACCCCACCAGCCCAGGACCCCCGCGUGGCCUCUCCACCUCGACCCAGACCCAAGGCGCCAGCAUUCCNUACUCUCCUGCGACACCCGGCGCCAUGGGAGCUCAGCAGAGCUUCUCUUCUCAGCCUCCAGCCAUGUCACCUGGUCCUGUUGCGACUGCUCUUCCUCCUCCUCUCAAGCCUGUCUUCGGCGUUACCCUGGAUGACUUGUACAACAGAGAUCAGACUGCCGUUCCCAUGAUUGUCUACCAAUGCAUGCAGGCUGUCGAUCUUUUCGGUCUCGAUGUUGAGGGCAUCUACCGUCUCAGUGGUACAGCCAGCCAUGUCCAACAGAUAAAGGCUCUCUUUGACCACGACUCCCAAACCGUCGACUUCCGUAACCCUGCUUCAUUCUACCACGAUGUAAACAGCGUCGCCGGCCUUCUCAAACAAUUCUUCCGUGAACUUCCUGAUCCUCUNUUGACACGCCGCUCGUACAACAACUUCAUAGACGCCGCCCGCAUCGAAGAUGGCACUACACGUCGCGACGCUGUGCACUCGGUCAUCAACGAGCUACCCGACCCCAAUUAUGCUACUCUCCGUGCUCUGGUCCUCCACCUCAACCGCGUCCAGGAGCAUUACGCCAAGAAUCGCAUGUCAACUUCAAACCUGGCCAUCUGUUUCGCACCAUCAUUGAUGGGCUCGCAUACAGGUCCUCAGAUCGCCGACGCCAGUUUGCAGGCAAGGGUUUUGGACACGAUCCUGACAAACACGUUCCAAAUCUUCGAUGAGGAUUGA